GGCUGAUGAUUGCCUUCUUCAAUAAACCAGGCAUGUCUCAGUUCUCGGCGGACGACGAGGCGGAGCUGCAAUCUCUCCUAAGGCAGCUACUGAAAAGCACCAAAGACCGCAUCUCUGGAGCUCCAUCUGUGGAGUGUGCCGAGGAGAUCCUGUUGCACCUGGAGGAGACUGACAAGAACUUUCACAACUAUGAGUUUGUGAAGUACCUGCGACAGUAUGUGGAGAGCAGCCUUGGGGCUGUUAUUGACGAAGAGUCUGAGAACUGUGCCAAGGAAGAGGGCCAUGCCAUCGGCUCGGGACAGGACACGCUGGUGCAUGCUGUGACGAGGAAGACCAGAGAGUCUGUGGAAUACAAGCAGAUGAUGCAGACUCUGAAGAACACCAUGAUGGUGGUGGUGGAGUCGCUCAUCAACAAGUUUGAGGAAGACCAGCUGAAGAAGGAGGAGUUGCACCGCAAGAGCCAGCGCGAGCAGUCCAGCAGCCACUACACCGACAACUGCUCCGACAGCGACUCCUCUUUUAACCAGAGUUACGCCUUCAUCAAGCAUGAGCAGCUGCAGGUGAUUGCGGACAAGCUGGACCCGAGCAGACCCAAGGAGGUGCGCUGGGAGGCCCUGCAGUCUCUGUGCUGUGCUCCCCCCUCUGACGUACUGAGCUGUGAGAGUUGGACUGGCCUGCGCAGAAACCUAUCCGCAGCACUCGCCGACCCUGACCCUGACCUGAGUGAUAAGGUCUUGCGAUUCUUCGCCAAAACAUUCUCCUCGUGCCCGCUCAGUGUCACCAGGGAAAUCUACACCAGCCUAGCUAAAAGUUUGGAGAAUGACUUUCUGUACCACAAAGUGAGCUUUCCUGUGGCCACAGAUGGGAUCGAUGUCACCAGGCAGGAUGUGACACGUCUCCUCAAACAGAUGCGCUUGAUGAAUGACUUUCAAAAGGAAGUGACCUCAUUCUGGAUACGCCACCCAGAGAAGUAUAUGGAGGAGAUUGUGGAGAGCACUCUGGCCCUACUGUCCCUGCACUCAGAGCCCGGCCUGGGGCCCCACAGCUCCGACAGGGUCCUAGAGCCCCUCCACCUCCUUGCCCUGCUCGACACAAAGGCCACCUGGUUCAAGAAAUGGAUGCAUGGCUACUACAGCCGAACUGUGGUCCUGCGUCUCCUGGAGAGGAAGUACAAGUCAGUGAUUGUGGCCGCUGUGCAGCAGUGCGUCCACUACGCCGAGAGCGCGGACCCAGUUGGGGACGAGACGACGGACCUCGCCUACGCCAUGGAGCACCAGCAGAUCAGCUGUGUGCAGAGGAUGCUCUACACAGGGAGAGAGCUGGAGUAUGUCUACUUUGUGCAUUCGCUGUGCAUGCUCGGGCGCCUGCUCAUGUACACCAACGGCAGGAAGCUCUUCCCCAUCCGAGUCAAGAACCGGAAAGAUCCUAUCAUGCUGACCGACCUGGUGGUGACGUUCAUCCAAAUCAUGUACCUGCACCCCAAACCCACCUUUGAUGAUGUCACUCAAACAGACUCCCUGUCGCCUACGGCUCUGGUGAUGGAGGUGUUGCAUAUGCUGUGUGAGCGCGUGGACUGUGCGGUGGACUGCCUUUACCAGCCCGCUGUGCUGGAGGUCCUCCUGGCCCCCGUCAUCACGCUGCUGAAAGGGAGACCGGUCAAGCUGAAGUCGCCGGAGAGCACGCUGAUCCACGUGGCCGACACGCUGGCGCGCAUGGCCACCACAGAGAGGGGCCUGUCCCUCUUCCUGUACGACAGGAACCUGCUCUCGGCCAACGGGGACAGCAUCUCUGCGGCCCACGUGGUGGUGCAGUUCACGCAGCGUCUGCUGGCCAGGGACCUGCCUGCGCUGGCUGGACUAGAGCCCCACAUGGCCGUUUGCGGGGCCUUCAUCUUUGUGUGCCGCCAGAUGUACAACACCUGCGAGGGCCUGCAGGCCCUGAGGCCCUACGGUCUGCACUUGAGCAUCGCCGCCGCCUGGAGGAAGACGAGCGCACAGUCGGAGCGUGUCCCCACUCCUGUGCCUGGAUCCCCCAGCACAGCCUCCACUCAGGAGCCCCUAAACACGCUGGCGUGGGAGGAGACGCUGCUGGACAACUUGCUGAACUUUGCGGCCACACCGCGGGGCCUGCUGCUGCUCCAGCAGACGGGCGCCAUCAACGAGUGUGUCACCUACAUGUUCUCACGCUUCACCAAGAAGCUCCAGGUGAGCCGCUGUGAGAAGUUUGGCUAUGGCGUCAUGGUAACCCAAGUGGCCGCCACUGCCCCAGGUGUGGUCGCUCUCCGCAGCUCAGGCUUUGUCCAGGCCAUCGUGGUGGAGUUGUGGUCUACGUUAGAGUGUGGCCGAGAGGACGUCCGUGUGGUCCAGCCCAAGUCCACGCCCAUGGACCCCAUUGACCGCUGCUGCCUGAAGUCGUUCCUGACUCUGGUGAACCUCCUGUCGUCUCCAUAUGCCACAUGGGAGCUGCUGGGAGGCCAGGCUUUGGCCAACAAGAGCAGCUACAACCUCAGGGAGAUGCCCACCUCCAUCAUCGAUUUGAUUGACAGGCUCAUUGCUGUCAACUCCGACGCUAAGAUUCACUCGCUUUUCAACUAUGAGCAGUCACACACGUUUGGCCUGAGGCUGCUGAGCGUGAUGUGCUGUAGCCUGGACACUCUGCUGCUGCUGGAGGCUCAGUACCGGCUGAGUGACAUGCUGCUGCAGGGCCAGAGGGACAGCGUGACGGACCCUGAUAGUGGGGACGGGGAGUUCAUCAUUGACGGGCUGACGGUGGAGCGCAACCACGUUCUGGUGCGCAUGAGUGUGAUUGGUGGACCCACAGAGCGCAGAUUACCACCCCGGGCCCUUAUGAAGGGGAGUGAUCCGUACCCCUGGCCCAUGUUCUGCUCCUACCCGGUGCCUAGGCACUACAUCCUCGACGGGCCAAAGACCUCCAGGGGCAGGCAAGAGUCUGAGCUAAGUGCUUUCCUGGCCUCCUCGAAGGAUGCACAGCUGGACGACAGCUGGAUGGACAGCUGUAGGAGGCUCUACUGCAAAGUGAUGACCACCAAGGCCAGUGUCAUCACCGGAAACGUUCUGUGUGACCUGCUGGAGAAAGCCGUGCUGUAUCUCUCCUCCUCUCCAGCCGAAUGCCUCUUCCCACCCAUCGAGCACAGCGGUCUGGAGGGCACCACUGGGGGGAGCUGUGGCCUAUCUCCCAUGGAGCAGCUGGGGAUGAGAGUCGCCCUCAGGUACGGAAAGUUCCUGAAGCUCCUUAAGGACGACGCAGAGGCAGAGUUUGCUCUCCUCCUCCGCCGCUGUAAAGACUUCCUGUCCCAGCAGCGCGUGAAAACCGACUCUGAGAAUCUCUACACGGUGCAGGUGGGCUCGGGGCCCCCUCCUGAUUGGCUGAGCUCCAGCAUGCCUCCUCAUGAUUGGCUGUGCUCCAGCGUGUUCCUGAUGGCGGCGGGGGACGGCUCGCGGGCGCUCAACCUCCUGAUGCGUCUGGCCCGCCUCCUGGUCUCCGCCUUCCUCUGGCCACAGAGACUACACGCCUCCGUGCAGCUCCCAGUAGAACUUGCCCUGUCAGGCAUCCCUGCGGUGUACUGGUGCACAGCCCACUACGUGGAGCUACUGCUGAAGGCCGAGCUGCCUCUGGUCUGCUCCGCAUUCCGCAUGUCUGGAUUCACCCCCUCACAGAUGUGUGUCCAGUGGUUGGGUCAGUGUUUCUGGAACUACCUGGACUGGCCUGAGAUCUGUCACUACGUGUGCACCUGUGUGGUGCUGGGGCCGGACUACCAGGUGUACAUGUGCAUCGCCCUCCUCAAACACCUGCAGCCAGACAUCCUGCUGCACACUCAGACCCAGGACCUGCAGGUCUUCCUUAAGGAGGAGCCCGUGUCCGGCUUCAAGGUGAGCAACUACCUGGAGUUCAUGGAGGGCCUGGAGCGCCGCUACCGAGCCAUGGUGCUGACGGACAUGAGGAGCAUCCUACACACACACACCUGAUCUGGAGCCCCUCAUCCUACACACACACACCUGAUCUGGAGUCCCUCAUCCUACACACACACACACACACACCUGAUCUGGAGUCCCUCAUCCUACACACACACACCUGAUCUGGAGCCCCUCAUCCUACACACACACACCUGAUCUGGAGUCCCUCAUCCUACACACACACACACACACACCUGAUCUGGAGUCCCUCAUCCUACACACACACACCUGAUCUGGAGCCCCUCAUCCUACACACACACACCUGAUCUGGAGCCCCUCAUCCUACACACACACACACACACGCCUGAUCUGGAGUCCCUCAUCCUACACACACACACACACACGCCUGAUCUGGAGUCCCUCAUCCUACACACACACGCCUGAUCUGGAGUCCUUCAUCCUAUACAGACACACACACACACGCCUGAUCUGGAGUCCCUCAUCCUACACACACACACACACACGCCUGAUCUGGAGUCCCUCAUCCUACACACACACGCCUGAUCUGGAGUCCUUCAUCCUAUACAGACACACACACACACGCCUGAUCUGGAGUCCCUCAUCCUAUACAGACACACACACACACACUCAUUCACCUGAUCUGGAGUCCCUCAUCCCACACACACAGGCCUGAUCUGCCAAGCCUCCACCCUCAAUCAAGUCUGUAUUCAGAACCUGAUCCAGAACCUCUCCGAGUCCCCAGAUAUUGCUCCUCUCAGAAGAUCUGUAAACGGAACCAUUCUAAAUGUCCUGAUGUGGAACAAUCCAGACUCAGUGUUGAUUUAUACUAAACAGUCCAAUCCAGUCUAUCCAAUGGACUCCAUGACCAGACUUCCAUUUUGUAUUCCUGGAGGUGGAAAAAGGAGCAUCACAAUCACACUUGAUUAAGUGUGUAUGUGUGUUUGUAAUUUAUUUGCAAUGGCAUAAGUGUGUCAUAUAUGGUGUCCAUCACACUCUGUUUCCAUUCUCACUGAGGUGUGUUUUAACACUUGCUAGUAUGAGGGCAAGAGAAGAUCAAUAUUAAAUCAAUAUUUGCCAGGGGUGUGAAUUUUGUUUGUGUGUGUGUGUGUGUGUGUGUGUGUGUGUGUGUGGUGUGGUGUGGUGUGUGUGUUUGUGUGUGUGUGUGUGUGUGUGUGUGUGUGUGUGUGUGUGUAUGAAAUGGCAGCAUUCGCUCUGAAAAGAACCCUUUGUAUUUAUUGCAUCUAAAUUUUGUUUGUACAGUUCUCUUAAAGUUGUAUAUUGUGCCUGUAACAAUUGAUUGCACGGUUGCUAAUAAAACCCUUAUGCUAUAUAA